UUAGGACAUGAUGUAAAAACUUUGCAAACAAACAGUACUACCGGAGAUAUAUGUGAACAUGAUGUAUAGGAUCCAACUGAAUUGGAUAAUCACUUAAGUUUCCAAAUCCCAGCACGACCAAGCACGUAGCUACAGAAUGAAUCUAACAAGAUCCAAAGUCCAAGCCACCAAAAUCUCGGUCUUAAAAGGACGAAACUUUUGGUCCUCACUAUCAUUCUCACCCACACAUUCUCAGCAGAAAGAGAAACAUGGCUAUGCUUGCUGUUUGAAGGAGCAAAACUGACAGUUAUGUAGCUCAGCGCUACUCCAUCUAUAUAUAUUUAUAACAUGCAUGUUUGCAUGCUAAAUACUGAGAAACAUAGAGAAAACAUUUUUGCCUUUAUCAAAAAGACAGAGCCCUUUUCUUUUUUUCUUUUUUCUUUUUUUGCAAUCAAUAUCACCCAAAAAAAAAAACAUGUCGAAAAGUAUACUGGUUAUUUUCUUCAUUUAUAUUUACUUCAUAGUUGGUCUGGUUUAUGGACAAGAUGACCAUGAAAGAAAGACAUACAUUGUGUAUCUGGGAGAACUACCAGAAGCUGGAACUUCAGUCGUGGAUAGCCACCAUAAGCUGCUUUUGGCAGCAAUUGGAGAUGAGAAGAUAGCCAGAGAAUCUAAGAUUCAUAGUUAUGGAAAGAGCUUCAAUGGUUUUGCAGCAAGGCUGUUACCACAUGAAGCAAAGAAACUACUGGACGAGAAGAGCGUUAUAUCAGUGUUUCCAAACCAACGACGCAAUCUUCACACAACAAGGUCAUGGGAUUACCUAGGAUUGCCCUUAAAACUGGGGAUGAACUCUCUGGUUGAGAGCAAUCUCAUUGUGGGUGUGUUGGAUACGGGAAUUUGGAUGGAUUGCCCAAGUUUUAAUGACAAAGGCUUUGGACCUCCCCCAGCCAAAUGGAAAGGCAAAUGCGUGAAAGCGGCCAACUUUUCAGGCUGCAAUAACAAAGUCGUCGGAGCCAAAUACUUCAGACUCGACAGUCAUAAUGAUGGUGACGAAGCUCUGACUCCGGCAGAUGAAGAUGGCCACGGAAGUCACACGUCAUCCACCGCUGCCGGUGUUGCUGUCAAAGGAGCCAGCCUAUAUGGUGUCGGUGAAGGAACUGCUCGUGGCGGGGCAGCCUUAUCACGCAUUGCCAUGUACAAAGUAUGCUGGCUAAAUGGCUGCUUUGAUGUAGACAUCUUGGCUGCGUUUGAUGAGGCCAUUGCUGAUGGAGUGGAUCUCAUAUCUGUCUCUUUAGGUGGACCUACCAACGAGUAUUUCGCCGACCCGAUUGCCAUUGGAUCUUUUCACGCCUUGAAGAAAGGGAUUCUAACGUCGUGCUCGGCUGGUAAUGAUGGACCUUAUACUUCUAGUGUAUCCAAUGUGGCACCUUGGAUUCUCACAGUGGGUGCCAAUAGUAUUGAUAGGCAAUUUACCACAAUGGUCAAGCUUGGAAAUGGCCAGACAUUUUAUGGGAAAUCAAUUAAUACCUUCUCGCCAAAGAAAGCGAUGUAUCCUCUCACAGAUGGAACCCAUGCAGCCAGUGCUAAUGGAAGUAUCUAUGGAAAUGCAAGUAAUUGUGAUGAUGGGACUCUAGCAAAGAACAAAGUGAAGGGCAGGAUUGUGUACUGCGAAGGGAGUUACGACCAAGAAAGCACCAUUGAAGAGUUGGAAGGAUUGGGGACCAUCAUGACUUAUGAAGGAGAGAUGGAUUUCAGCUACCUUACGCUUGUUCCUGCAACCUAUGUUGCUCAAAAGGAUGGUGACAAGGUUGACCGAUACAUCAACUCCACCAAGGAUGCUCAGGGCGUUAUAUACAGGACAACAAGAGUCAAAGCUCCUGCCCCGUUCCUCGCUUCUUUCUCGUCCAGAGGACCUCAAACUAUCGACACAAACAUCCUCAAGCCUGAUAUUACAGCUCCAGGGAUCGACAUUCUAGCUGCUUACUCACAGAUUCCAUCAGUUUCGGGCGACUCAGCUGACAAACGACAUGCAGUCUUCAAUAUAAUGUCAGGUACAUCCAUGGCUUGCCCUCAUGCAGCAGCUGCUGCCGCCUACGUCAAGUCUUUCCACACUGACUGGUCACCUGCUGCAAUCAAGUCUGCUCUUAUGACCACUGCCACACCACUGAUUGUCAAGGGCAGGGAAGCUGAUCUGCUUGGUGCUGGAGCAGGACAAAUAAACCCGGUAAAGGCAGUGCAUCCUGGCCUCAUCUAUGAUCUGUCCACAAACUCCUAUAUCAGCUUCUUAUGCAAGGAAGGCUAUAAUAGCUCCGACCUUAGCCUUCUUAUUGGGGGGAAGAAGAAAUAUAAGUGCUCCGACUUCAAGCCUGCGCAAGGCACGGAUGGACUUAACUACCCCACCAUGCAUAUCCAGCUCAACAAUCCCCAAUCUAGGAUUUCAGGGGUUUUCUACCGGACAGUGACUAAUGUAGGGUAUGGAAAAACAGUUUAUAAGGUGAAAAUAAAUUCGCCGAAGGGUCUUUCUGUUAAAGUUAGCCCAGAUACUUUGGCAUUCACCAAGCUGCACCAGCAGCUGUCUUUCAAGGUUGAGGUGAAGGGCGGGGCAAUGCAGAAUGAUACCCAAAUCCUAUCUGCUUUACUUGAGUGGAGCGAUUCUAAACACAGUGUUAAAAGCCAUAUCCUAAUUUAUAGGCCACUUAUUUAGUCUAGUCGUUGUUUGUAAUGUGCAUGUUCUUAACUUAGUAACUAGUUUUGAGUGAGUUUCCAAUUUUCACUUUUUUCUCCCUCUAAAUCAAGAUUGCUUUUGGCUA